AUGGAUAAAAGGAGUGUUGGCAGACCAAAAUCUCGGGUGAAAACACGUCGGAAAGGGGUGGAAAGAACGAUCGUUGCACAAGCUAUGGUAGAACAAGAGGUACAAGAAGUAAUAGCUGAUGAGGAAGACCUAAUUUGUGAGAAUGCACAACCGGAAAAGGAAAGCCCAAUUCUGAAAAUUGUCUCGCCAUCGUUAGAAAUUGCGCAUGAAAAGGAUGAAUCACCAACUGGGGGAGUACAAAGCAAACCCUGGGUGGAUGUUAUAUAG